AUGCAUUUAUCACGGCUCUUCCCUGCUGCAAUUGAUGACCUCUACAAUCUACACAGGGUGGCCUCGGGCAAGAUGAAACUCGCCCUGGAUAGAAGCGAAACUUCUCAAAGCCGAUCUAGGUCCAUGAGUGGAGACAGGUCCGAACGUUCCAUCUGCCCUUUUAGAGUGCUCGCAGACAUGAUCGAUGGACGCCAGCCAUUGGGCUAUGCUACUCACACCCACUUUGCCUCCUAUUACCACGGCGUGCCUGCCUGGUCCGUGGCUCCCUUCUUCCGCCUUUACAUGCGCUAUCUGUCAGAAUUCUCCUUGGCUAUGCAGGCCCUGUCCGAAAUGCGUCACGGAUCUAGCACGCUCAAACGUAACCUCAAGGUAGUUAAAUCACGCGAAUGCAGUCUAAAAGAGGACACCGAUAAGUGUAAUAACGAUAAUAACGGUAAUAAUGAGCGCUACAAUUUUGAUGGCAGCGCUGUUGUUAACGAUGCUAUUAAUACCGAUAAUGAGGACCUUUCAAUGUUGAAGUUGCAGCGUCAUCCUGCCUGUGAACUGCGCGAUAUCACCGCCUACUUAUUGGCACCGGUCCAAAGGCUGCCGCGCUACCUCCUACUUGUGAAGAAACUGAUCUACUAUACUGCCAAGAACGAACCACCCGCGCCCUACCGCAUCAAGGCUGGACUUCGGAAACGUGAAUACGGGCCAGAAAAUAGCGCCAUUGUCGGUCCUUCCUGUCCCAUCCCCACACAUCCCUCGCUGGAGUCUCUGCGGCGCGCAGAGUCCGCCCUUCAUGGCAUGUUGCUUGAGCUGGACGAGAUGGUCGGUGUCGAGAUGGCGGGUCUCUGUGGUCGCAAAAAGUCCACGGACAACACUGGCCCUGUGAUCAACGAA